AUGGACAACGAGGUAUUCUGCAAAGGCCUAACGAGUUCUUCCGAGGAGGGAAUGUGCCACAUAGAAGAGAAUGGUAAUACAUUUACCUUCACCUAUAAUUAUGAGCGAUUGGACAACCGAAACGAGUCUGUAUUCCUAUGCAAUUCGCAUAACGAUAAUCAAACGCAGACCAUAAAUUGGAAUGAAUUCCGUAUUUCAGUUGAGGGUAUGACGCUGGGUAAUGUGCUUAAGGAAUACUUCUCGAAGGUUCGCUUACGCGUCCGCAGCGAUAGGCAAGUAUUCAGAAUGGCUCCUGAUUCGACCUUCGACGUGACUUGUUCAAUUGAUGAUAAAAACAUGUCGUGGACUUGCAUGGCCCACUUCAAGGAUGCAGUGAUGCAAAUGCGUUAUCGCUAUGAUACUGGAGUGACCUGGGUGCAGAGACCACUCAAUGAAAAGACUUACAACAUAUCAGGAAAAUUUGAGUUGUGCGAAUUCAAGGACAACAACAUUGGCAAAUUGCAAAUAAAGCAUAUAAUGCUUAUAAACACAAGCACACUUUACGAGCUAGGUACUGAAGACCCAAUAGGUCCUAUGAUUGUCCGUGCCCUGCGUAAUAUACUUUCAAAAGGACCAACACUUGUUUGUGGCUAA